CCCAUGUCUUUGCAUCACUAAGAAACAGUCUUAGUUUCGAGCUAGUUCUUUGCGCUCUAGCUUGCUAGUAACCAGUAAGCAAGCACAGCAAGAUCUCAUGGCUUCCGCCUCAGCUCUCUUCACCACGGCGCUCGUCAUGGCGCUCAUGCUCGCGGGAAGCACGACGUGCCACGCCGCGCGCCGUCUCGCCGACACGACUCCAGCUGCUGCGCCCGCCGCCGUCCCGGGAAUUCCUGGCGUGCCGAAGCCGCCUGUGCCCACGGUGCCCACCGUGCCCGCGGUCGCCCUGCCACCGAUGCCCGCCGUGCCAACGGUGCCUGCGGCGGCCGCCCUGCCACCGAUGUCCACGGUACCGACGGUCCCCGCGGUCACCGUUCCACCAAUGCCCGCGGUGCCGGCGGUCCCCGCGGCGACCCUCCCGCCGAUGCCCGCGGCGCCCACCGCGCCGAACGCCGCGUUGCCCCCCAUGCCGGCCGUGCCGAAGGUGACGCUGCCGCCAAUGCCCUCAGUCCCUAAGGUUACCUUGCCACCCAUGCCCUCCGUUCCUAAGGUGACGCUGCCGCCGAUGCCUUCCAUCCCGAGCGUGCCGAUGCCGUUCUUGGCGCCGCCACCUUCGAUAUGGCUGGAGUACUUUUUUUCGUUCCCUUUUGAUAGUGCUUCAGCUAUCUCAUGCACAUCAAGAUCAGUCAUGGCUUCCGCCUCAGCUCUCUUCGCCAUGGUGCUCAUGCUCGCGGGCAGCAGCACGUGCCACGCCGCGCGCCGUCUCGCCGACACGACUCCUGCUGCUGCUCCCGCCGCCGUCCCAGGCAUUCCUGCCUUGCCGAAGCCGACGGUGCCCACCGUGCCAACCGUACCCGCGGUCGCCCUGCCACCGAUUCCCGCGAUGCCGACGGUCCCCACGGUCACCGUGCCACCGAUGCCGGCUGUCCCUGCGGCGACCUUGCCGCCCAUGCCCGCGGUGCCGGUGGUCCCCGCGGUGACCGUGCCACCGAUGCCUGCGGUGCCCACCGUGCCGACCACCGCCCUGCCCCCCAUGACGGCCGUUCCCGCCGUGCCGAAGGUGACGCUGCCGCCGAUGCCCUCCGUGCCUAAGGUGACGCUGCCGCCGAUGCCCUCCGUGCCUAAGGUGACGCUUCCGCCGAUGCCGUCCUUGGCGCCUCCUCCUUCGCCUAGUGAGUUAGCAACAGCAAUGGCUUCCACUUCGAGCUCUCUUGCUGCUGCUGUUGUCAUGGCCGUCAUGCUCCUGGGCAGCGGCGGCGUGUGCCAUGCCGCGCGGCGCCUCGCCGACACGACCGAGACCCCCACGGCGCCUGCGGUGGCCCCGGCGGCCGCCGUCCCGGGCAUACCGGCCGUGCCGAAACCGAUGGUGCCGGCGGUCCCCACCGUGCCAGCGGUUACCCUGCCACCAAUGCCCGCGGUCGUCCCUACCGUGCCCGCGGUUACCCUGCCACCGAUGCCCGCGGUCGUCCCUACCGUGCCCGCGGUGACGCUGCCACCGAUGCCUGCGGUGCCCGCUGUGCCGGCGGUGACCGUGCCAGCGGUGCCGAGCGCCGCACUCCCCCCGGUUCCCGGCAUCGUCGUGCCGGCCGUGCCCAAGGUGACGCUGCCGCCGAUUCCGUCGUCCGUUCCUGCCAUCCCGACGGUGACGCUGCCUCCGAUGCCUUCCAUCCCCAACAUGCCAGCAAUCCCCUUCCUCGCGCCACCUCCAAAGGCCUAACUAAACUCGCCGCGCGCUUGCGUCGUCGGUUCCCGUGCUGCGUGCGUGCCUGCUGCUUGCGUGCGUCGUUGUUGCGUUGUUGUGUGUACCUACAUGUCGUGUCGUCGUUGUAUAUGCAUGGUGUGGUCGCCGGUCGGUAUACUAUUUUCUUUAUUUUAUAUAUAUGCCUGCGAUCGAUAGUGGUGGAUGCAUUGCAUGGGUGUGUUGCGUAUUUGUGCAGUACAGCUUUGUCACUGAUCAUUUUGUAUAUGUUUUGCCACUCGAUAGAACUACAUGGCUGUCGUGUGGUUUUGCUUCCUCAAA